AGGAUUACGUCUCGCUUGUGUCCGAGGAGUGACAGUUCCACCAUGGAGGAGAAGUUCAGUCGACUCAUCUUCAUCCCCAUCGCGGCCGUGCUCUGCUUCAUGAUCGGCUACCAGUACGUGUGUCCCGCGGAGAGUAACACCUGCUACUUUCGACGUGAAGAGAGUCGCCUUUUCGAACAGUAUCCAUCCAUCCUCCACACCGGAGAGCAGCCGGAGGAGGACCUCGCCGCCAAGACCCCGUUCAGAUUUAACUUCACGGAGCGCGACCUGGACAGGCACGUGGACUUUGACAUCCGAGGAGAUGACGUGAUGGCGUUCCUGCACAUCCAAAAGACCGGAGGAACCACGUUCGGGCGACACCUGGUGAAGAACAUCCAGCUGGAGCAGCCCUGCGAAUGCACGCCCGGCCAGAGGAAAUGCACGUGUCACCGGCCCGGGAAAAGCGAGUCGUGGCUCUUCUCACGCUUCUCCACUGGUUGGAGUUGCGGCUUGCACGCAGACUGGACGGAGCUAACUAGCUGCGUCCCAGUGGUGAUGAACAAGCGGGAUAAAAAGAGUUCACGAAAGAGAAAAAGGAAUUUCUACUACAUCACCAUGCUACGUGACCCUGUGUCCCGAUACCUUAGCGAGUGGAAGCACGUACAACGCGGCGCCACCUGGAAAACCGCCCUCCAUAUGUGCGACGGCCGUCCGGCCACUGAGGAUGAACUACCCGCCUGCUACAGCGGCGAGGACUGGACUGGCGUGACCCUGGCGGAUUUCAUGAAUUGCCCCUCCAACCUGGCCAACAACCGGCAAGUGCGUAUGCUAGCCGACCUCAGUCUGGUAGGCUGCUACAACAUGUCGUCCAUGAACGAGCUGGAACGAGGCCGCGUGCUGCUCGCUAGCGCCAAGGCGAACCUUCUCAACAUGGCCUUCUACGGUCUGACGGAGUACCAACGUAAGACGCAGCACUUAUUCGAGCGGACGUUCAACCUGCGUUUCAUUCGGCCUUUCACGCAAAUCAACAGCACGCGUGCCGCUAGCGUGGGUAUCGACAAGAAAGCGCAGUGGCGCAUCGAGGGCUUGAACGCCCUCGAUAUGGAGCUCUACGAAUACGCCAAGGAGCUUUUCCUUCGUCGCUACCAGUACAACCGUCAAAAGCAGCAUCAGGAGGAGCGUCUCCGGCGGCGACAGGAGAGGCAGCGGCUGCACAGGACCUACCUGGCAGAGUUGCUGAGAUUAGGCGGAGGGGAAGACGAAAUGGAAGAUAUGAAGUUCCUUACCACUACAGAGGACUAUAACAGUCAGGUUGUGCGAUGGUGA